AUGACACAUUCCUCAGACAUGAUGCUAAUGGUCGAGGUGUUGUGCAGGGAGCUGACAUUCAGGAAGGGGGAGAUGGUGUACAUCAUCAGACCGAUCGACAACAACUGGUAUGAAGGAGAGCACCAUGGACUGGUUGGGAUCUUCCCCAUCUCCUAUGUGGAGGUUAAUGUCGGCCCUCUCAUCUCUCCUCUUUCAUUCUCAUCUCUUCCUCUUUUCUCUCCUCUCGCUUCUACUGGCUGUCUCAAUGUGAGUUUUCAAUGCACAGUAUUGAAUAACUUUGAGUUUAUAUUUGUCCCUUAUCCUAAUCCCACAGCCCAUCUUUCUCUCUUUUUCUUUAGAAAAUCCCUGUCUUUAAGAAGCACCAGCCAGCCAGACUUCCCACGCCAGCCCAGGUCAGAGAGAUUGGUGAAGCAGUGGCUCGCUACAACUUCAAUGCUGACACCAAUGUGGAGCUCUCACUGAAAAAGGCAAGAGUCUCUCCGUUGUCGCUGCAUAACUUUGACUGUCAAAUAGUGAGACUUUCCCACUGGGCACAGACAUCAAUUAAAUGUCUAUUCUACGUUGGUUCAGUGUAAUUUCAAUGAAAUGACGUGGGAACAAUGUUGAUUCAACCAGUGUGUGCCUAGUGGGUUGUAUAUAAUUCCCAUCCCCUCAGUGUCUAGAAUUAAACAGAUUUCUACCUUUGUGUGUCUGCCUGUGUGUGUAUGACAGGGUGAGAGGGUGAUUCUGCUGAGGCAGGUGGACCAGAACUGGUAUGAGGGGAAGAUCCCAGAGAGCAACAAGCAGGGCAUCUUCCCCAUGUCCUACGUCGAGAAGUCCCCCGCCGCCAAGAACCCCACCCACCACUACCCAGAACCUUCCUCUUUACCUCAGAGCCUAUCCGCUGACAGGAUAAACCCUGUGGGCUUGGCCAAGGUAAGAUGACCCCAAAUAACAUGACCCCCUGACUACUAGACCAUGGCUGCACCCCAAAUAGCACCCUAUUCACUGUAUAGUGCAUUACUUUUUCCCAGUAGUGCCAUUUGGGAGGCACACAAUAUGUCCACCUGGCAUUUACAAUCUACCGUUUUAUGAAUUAAUAUACUGUAUAUGUCUUUUAGGAAGUGAUUGGCUUUGAAUAAGUGUAGUAGAGUACUUUGUCAAAGUUAGAACUUUUUUGAACUAUGGUUGUUCUUCUCGGCUGUCCAGUUAUGCUUAUAUUGCAUUGGGGAGCUCUCCUAGCGUGACAAUAGGAAACGCUUAGGACAGAAUUGGUCUGUCUAUGGGAUUAGCCCUAUCUCUGUUGAAUCUGUGCCAGAGACAACAAAAGGCCCUCAAGCUCAUGUCUUCUCUAGAUUAGCCACAGUUACAGCUUUGCCUGCCAGGGAGAUAAACUGAAUUGCCCUUGAGAUGUAAUUCCAUUUUAAGGCCUGAUCCCUCUCUCACAUGAGCAUGGGUAAACCAUGGGCUUUGGUUAAAUCGGGUUUCUUACACCAGCCACCAAUCGGUAUGGUUUAGUCUAACUCAAGCCUGGACAAACCCACACAGUACACACUACACACACAUUACAUACACAGUACACACACAGUGACUUCCUAAGAGUUUAUCUACACUACCAGUCAAAAUGUUGGACACACCUACUCAUUCCAGGGUUUUUCUUUAUUUUUACUAUUUUUUACAUUGUAGAAUAAUAGUGAAGACAUCAAAACUAUGAAAUAACACAUAUGGAAUCAUGUAGUAACCAAAAAAGUGUUAAACAAAUCAACAUUUAUUUUAUAUUUGAGAUAGCCACCCUUUGCCUUGAUGACAGCAUGCACACUCUUGGUAUUCUCUCAACCAGCUUCAUAAGGUAGUCACCUGGAAUGCAUUUCAAUUAACAGGUGUUCCUUCUUAAAAGUUAAUUUGUGGAAUUUCUUUCCUUCUUAAUGCGUCUGAGCCAAUCAGUUGUGUUGUGACAAGGUAGGGGUGGUAUACAGAAGAUAGCCCUAUUUGGCAAAAGACCAAGUCCAUAUUAUGGCAAGAACAGCUCAAAUAAGCAAAGAGAAAUGACAGUCCAUCAUCACUUUAAGACAUGAAGGUCAGUCAAUACGGAACAUUUCAAGAAUUUUGAACGUUUCUUCAAGUGCAGUCGCAAAAACCAUCCAGCGCUAUGAUGAAACUGGCUCUCAUGAGGACCGCCACAGGAAUGGAAGACCCAGAGUUACCUCUGCUGCAGAGGAUAAGUUCAUUAGAGUUACCAGCCUCAGAAAAUGCAGCCCAAAUAAAUGCUUCACAGAGUUCAACUCACAGACACAUCUCAACAUCAACUGUUCAGAGGGGACUGUGUGAAUCAGGCCUUCAUGGUUGAUUUUCCUGCAAAGAAACCACUACUAAAGGACACCAAUAAGAAGAAGAGACCUGCUUGGGCCAAGAAACACGAGCAAUGAACAUUAGACCGGUGGAAAUGUGUCCUUUGGCCUGGAGUCCAAAUUGGAAGAUUUUUGGUUCCAACCGCCCUGUUACUUUGUGAGACACGGUGUGGGUGAACGGAUGAUCUCCGCAUGUGUAUUUCCCACUAUAAAGCAUGAAGGAGGAGGUGUUAUGGUGUGGGGGUGCUUUGCUGGUGACACUAUCUGUGAUUUAUUUAGAAUUCAAAGCACACUUAACCAGCAUGGCUACCACAGCAUUCUGCUGCGAUAUGCCAUCCCAUUUGGUUUGGGCUUAGUGUGAUUGUCAUUUGUUUUUUUAACAGGACAAUGACCCAACACACCUCCAGGCUGUGUAAGGGCUAUUUUACCAAGAAGGAGAGAGAUGGAGUGCUGCAUCAGAUGACCUGGCCUCCACAAUCCCCCGACCUCAACCCAAUUGAGAUGGUUUGGGAUGAGUUGGACGGCAGAGUGAAGGAAAAGCAGCCAACAAGUGCUCAGCAUAUGUGGGAACUCCUUCAAGACUUUUGGAAAAGCAUUCCAGGUGAAGCUGGUUGACAUGUCUUCACUAUUAUUCUACAAUGUAGAAAAGAGUACAAAUAAAUGAAAACCCUUGAAAGAGUAAUGUGUCCAAACUUUUGACUGGUACUGUGUGUUUCCAAGGGCAGGCCAUAUGUUGAGCGGGGGUAUUUGGGAUGGCAAGCAAGAAGAACAAGCAUUGUUCUAAAAUGUUCUAUGACAUUCAUUGUGGAAGCCUUGGUUUCCAUUAACGUGCCUAAUAGAGACCUCUGUGGGUGGGCAAGCUACCAGCUGCUGCUGCUCUAAUGAGAUGUGCCAGGCCCAGUUCACAUUUCACACUUCAUCCACAGACUUGGCGACAACAGGGCAGGCUAGCUAGCACUUGUUUUGGCUGUGUUAGUUUAGUCACACUGUAUACCAGGUAAAGCCUCUGGCUGUGACACCGUUGUAUCUUUAGCACCCAUCUCUUUAUGUGUCAAUUUAAGAAACGACAAUCGUCUCUAACCUAUACAUUUCUCACCUGGCCAUUCCCCUCAGUUUCUAUUCAGCCAUAUGUUUCUGUACUGUCUCUCUCUUUCUCUCCCAAGCUUUCAUCCACUCACCUUCGCUUCAGUUCUCCUUCGCCCUCCCCCUCCUUCAGGAAACCUCGCUCCUCCCUGUCCCCAUCCCCCUCCCACAGCACCCACCUGCAGGCCAUCACCAAUGAUUGGAUCAACCUGAUCCUGGGCCUGCCUCCUUCCAUCACUCCGGCCCCCACUCCUCCCCCUUACCCUAACAGCAGCCUGCUAGCUGACCUGGAGGCCCUCAGCACCAUUGUGUCCUCCUCCCCCUAUCCAGCCCCCAGCCUCCACCUGGUAUCCACCUCCCCAGCACCCACCCUGGGGACCGUCCCCUCAACAUCACGCAACCUCACCCCUUUCCUCAGAGAGGGCCACUUCAUCCCCAUCAUCUCUCCAAAGACUCCCACAUACCCCUGCUCCCCAGAACCCAGCCCAUCCCUGCUGCCCUCCCGCCACACCACAUCUGGCAGCAUCUCCUUCAACUCAUUGAGGAGGACACCCAAACCCAAUGGCACCUCUCCCAUGUUUGGAAGUCCCAAGUAUGGCAGCGUGGUCGACUUGUCUCAGAUUCAGAACAACACCAGUAUCAAGCCCAUUAUAGACUCACAACAGGAGAAACAGUUGUACCCCCUCUCAGACAAUCCAGUGGAGAAACAGUUUUGUCGACUCUCAGACCCAAACCCAAUGGCCCUGUCGCCCUACUCCCCAAAGAUCUGCAGUCCCAUCAAUCAGUUGGUGUACAAGCCCAGCGACUGCACCUCUCACAGUGACCACCCAAUUCAAAGCUACCCCCUGUCUCAAAGUGACCACCCUGCUCACACCGACCACCUUUCUCAACGCAAAAACAAAAUAGAGCUUAAUCAGUUUAUCUCUAUGGAGGACAGCCUCUCCGUUAAAGAGAUGAAUCCGUUUAUGGAGGACUCCACUAAAGACCAGGAAGUGGACCAGGAACAGGAAGAUGACCUCUGUGAGGAGCUGGUGUCCAUCAUUCCGGGGGCGACCAAUCUAAGGGGGACUGUUCUUCCCAGGGGGAAGUGUUUUACAGACAAGUGCCAGAGGAGGAGCUACCCAAGCCCUUCAUAGAGGAGGAGCCUGUUGAGAGCAGGAAGAUGGCCCCACCUUAUAAUACUUUUACCACUGUGUGUAGAGACUGGGCAGAACAGGGCAAG